AUGGCAGUAGUGAGCAAGUCGUCGACGGUUGUGGUGGUCGGAGCCGACGACCAGCAGUCGUCGGGCGCCGGCACCAUCGAUCUGUCCUCUUUCGACAAGUCCUUAGGUCCUUUGCCAAUUACGGUUCUUCUGGUCUUCGACCAUCCAAUCAAGGACCCCGUGGAGAGCAUCAAGAAGGCCCUGUCGCAGUCGCUUGCCGUCGACCACUACCACCCCAUGGCCGGCCGCCUGACCCCCGACGGCGGCGCCAUCGCGUGCACCGGCGAAGGGGUGUCCUUCGUGGGCGCGUCGGUCAGCUGCGCCCUGGCCGAUCAGCACUUGCCGUUGCUGAAGGACGACCUGGCCAUGGGCUACCCUGGUGACUGGUGCCGCCCUGAAGACCCCUUGGUGCAGAUGCAGGUGACCGAGUUCUCCUGCGGCGGGUUCGUGGUCGGGGUGACAUGGAACCACGUCAUGGCCGACGGCGCCGGCAUGGCCCAGUUCCUGCGGGCCAUCGGGGAGCUGGCCCGUGGGCUGCCAUCGCCGUCCGUCGUCCCCGUGAGGUCGUCCUCGCUCCUCCCGUGCAUCCCGCCGUCGGUUGUGGCCGCGCAGAGGGCCAUGAUGGCAGUGGCGUCCAAGGACAUGGCCAGCCUCGACUUCACCAUCCCCUCCAGCGCGAUCGCCCGCAUCAAAGGCCAGUGGGCCGAUGCCAACGCCCAUGAGCAGCCCUGCACGGUGUUCGAGGCCGUCACGGCGCUGCUGUGGCUGUGCCGGACCCGGGCGGUGGUCACUGCCAAGGACGACGAUGAAUUACCCGUGGGGAUGGUUUUCCCCAGCAACGUGCGGCAGCAACUGGGCGCCGAGGCCGGCUACUACGGCAACUGCCUCGCCGCGCAGCUGGUCCAGGCCACGACCGGCGCACCGGCGAUCAACGGCCUGGUGAAGCUCAUCAAGCGCGCCAAGGACGGCGGGGAUCAGCAGCAGCCGCUUCAUCAGGGCGCAGCGGUUGGGUGGUACGACACGCUGUUGGUGUCGAGCUGGAGGAACCUGGGAUUCGAGGCGGCGGAGUUCGGCGGCGGGGCGCCGGCGCGGGUGAUGUGGCAUCAGCGGCAGACGGUGUUGCCGAUCUGCGUGGUGUGCCCGCCGUGCAAGGGGAAGGACGACGGCGUCAACGUCAUGUCGAUGUGCGUCCGGCCGGAGCACGCCGACUCCUUCCAAGCCGCACUCCACGCUGCUUAUUCCACCUAGCUGCAUGUCCUGCUGCUGCUGCAUGCAUGCAAACGUACCGUACAUCCCUCCUAAUCUCCGUACAAUAUUCUACUCCGUACCGUACAUCCCUCCCUUCUGCUACCUCCGUCCAGAAAAAAAUAGUGUCAUAUGAAUUCUAUGUCCUAUAUAUCAACCACAUAUUUAUAAUA